AUGGCGGCGCCGGAGCUGGGCAGCGGCGCUCCGGUCCCGGGGCGCUGUGCCUACUUCGUGGAGAGGAAGAAGCGCUUCUGCAAGAUGAUCCCGGCUCCCGGGAGGCGCUUCUGCGGAGAGCACGAGCAGCAGGAGGAAGAAAAUGACAGGAAAAGAAUUCCGUGCCCUCUCGAUCCCAAACACACUGUAUACGAAGACCAACUACAAAAGCAUUUAAAAAAAUGUAAUUCAAGAGCGAAGCCGAAGCCAGUCUACUUUGUUCAAGAUAUUAAUGCAGGUUUAAAAGACGUAGCAGAAAUACCAGAAAAAGAAGUACCUAUCUGUUCUCUAUCCAAAGAAAAGCUGGAUAACUUAAUCAUCACAUUGAAAAAAGCAAGUACUGGUCUGGAACUUCACCUUAAGGAACAAGUACUGUCCCACCAGGCUUUACAAGAAGCCUUAAAUGACCCAAAGAAUGGGGAAUCUGCUGUCAAACACUUGAAACAACAGGCUUCUAUUUUAGGUAACAUGGAAAAACUACAUUUACUCGGUCCAGGAAGAUGUUUUGUUGAGUUUGGAGCUGGGCGAGGAAAGCUGUCUCACUGGGUUGACGUUGCCUUACAGGAUGCUGAAAAUGUUCAGUUUUUGCUUGUGGAAAGGGCAACUACAAGGUUCAAGGUGGAUGGAAAACAUAAAAGGAGAGAUUCUGUAUUUGAAAGGCUUCAAGUUGAUAUUCAGCACUUAUGUUUAAAUAAAGUACCUAUUUUAGAGAAGAAAAAGCUACCACUAGUAGGUAUUGGGAAACAUUUAUGUGGUGCUGCAACAGAUCUUGCUUUGAGAUGCCUGGUUGAAAGUUAUACAACUUGCUGUGAUGGAGAAUCUCAAGAGCCUGCACCAAAACGCUCUAGGACUGAUAAGACAGAGGUGGCUUCUAACAACUCUGCUGAUAAUGAAAGCAACAAAGAUGACUGUAAGCCUGUAGCUGGAAUUGUUAUUGCACUGUGUUGCCAUCACAAGUGUGACUGGACACAUUAUGUAGGCAGGGAGUUCUUUAAAUCAGUAGGACUUGGACCAGUAGAAUUUAAUUAUUUUCAGAGAAUGAGUAGCUGGGCCACUUGCGGUAUGCGAGAAACCACAACCAAAGCCUCUACAAGUGACGAAAGUGAAGAUCAGUCUAACAACAUGGAAGAACAUGAGCAAACGUGCAGCAAGACCGAGAGCGGUUCUGAUACUUUACAAGGGAUACUUACUGUUGAAGAACGAAAGGAGAUAGGUCACCUCUGUAAACUGCUGAUUGAUCAUGGACGGAUUGAAUAUUUACAACAACACGGAUACAAGGCUGCACUACAGUAUUAUACAGAGCCUGCUGUGUCCUUGGAGAAUGUUCUGUUGACAGCUGUCCCAAGUCUGUCUUUGAUACCAGAGCCAACUACAUGACAGAAGACAGAUCUGGAAUUGAUAGGAAAAAACCCCUACAAAACUAAACCUGGAUUUUUUAAAAAGCUAAUUCAUUGCUUAUAAAGAGCUCUUUAAGUCUUUCCUGUGCCCAGGAAAGGUCUUAUAUUACCCAGUUUCACUAGGAAUUACAAAUAUGCAAACAAAUUCUCAUCAGUGGAAAAAUAAAAUGCCCAAGAACGUUUAAAACCUGCUGUGUGCUGCUUUUCCAGGAAGUAUACUUGAUAUGUUCUUCCAUUCACAGUUACGUUCUUUAUUCAUUAUCAUUUAUGACAGAAGUACCAAAAGUACAGCUUUCCAGAUUUCCUGAAAGACAAUGGGUUAAAAUAAGAGCAAUUAACAUACUUUAUUUUCACUUUAAAAGUUCAGGAUAGCUUUGUGUUUCCUCUUAGGUUAAUUAAGUAGGCCCAGGUACUUUGAUCAGCCUUUGGCGCUAGGGGAACGUUAAGGACGAAAGCUUACUUGUAAACUGUCAUCUUGAUAUAUUUUUGCUAAUUUGAUUAUUCAUUUAUGAAAUAUUGAUAAGAAAAAAGCUUCCUUAGCGUUCUAAACCAAGAGCAUUUCGGUCAUCAAAUUUUUAGGCCUUCAUGAUAAAUAGAAUGAAGAUCAGAGAGAACAUUUUAUAUCUGCAAUGAAGUGUCCGCAGUUAACAGCUGCCACCUGCACAUCUGUUCAGAAGUGCUUCUCCUGGUCUCUUACUGCAACCUACCCUCAGUAAAAAUCUCUUUACAGAUUUUUUUGAAAAUAUUAACUCAUUUAUUAAGAAGAUUAUUCAUAUUUUAUUUGUCUGUGUAUCCUAGCUUUUGUUUAUCCUUCCGUUCAGCACUGCAUUCCCGAGAGAUCUGAAAUAAUAAAAAAGCCAUACCUCUUUU